GAGGUGCCACGAACAUAGAUUCAAAGUUAUAAAUAAGACUGUUCCGCAUAUUUGUCGACCCAAACGUACCGGUGAACGAAACCGCGUCACGACAAAUUUAUUGCAUUAUAAUUACUGCAGUUGGUGUUUUUUAUCGGUUUUUUUACGAGUUAACAUUUUAACAUGUCUCUGAUUUUUGACAAAAAAUAUAAGCUGGAUUCCAGCGAAAACUUCGACGACUACAUGAAAGCUCUGGGAGUCGGUAUGAUAACCCGUAAAGUAGGCAACAGUAUAUCUCCGAUUGUAGAACUGAACAAAGGCGACGAUGACAAGUAUACAUUGAAAUCGACUUCGACGUUCAAAAACACGUCCACGGUGUUUAAGAUGGGCGAACAGUUCGAUGAGGAGACACUAGAUGGACGAAAGGUCAAGUCCAUCAUCACUCAGGAAGGUAACAAGUUGGUGCACAAGCAAAUAGGCGACAAAGUAGAAACGACCAUUGUGAGAGAGUUCAAGCCUGAUGAAUUAAAAAUGAUCCUAACUGUCAACGACAUCAUUUGCACCAGAAUCUACAAACCUGUCGAAUAAUUUUGCUCAUUACAAUGAUAUCUAUCCUAUAGUUUUUUCUCAACGGAUUUAAAAUCAGGCCUGUGACGUUUCGCAUUAUGAACAAUAAAUGAUUUAUUUAUUUUUA